ACUUAUUAGUGUUAAAAAAGACUAGCUAGUGCGCUACGACCUGGCUCAGUUCACAGUAGAACUCUCCCAAAAUGUCUCUGCUUUCAGAUCUCGUCAACCUCGACCUCGCCGAUCACACGAAAAAGAUCAUCGCCGAGUACAUAUGGAUCGGUGGAUCUGGUAUGGACCUCCGAAGCAAAGCCAGGACCCUUGCUGGUCCGGUCACUGAUCCAUCGAAGCUUCCGAAGUGGAACUAUGAUGGGUCUAGCACCGGUCAAGCACCGGGGGAAGACAGUGAAGUGAUCCUAUACCCUCAAGCAAUAUUCAAGGAUCCAUUUAGGAAGGGCAACAAUAUCUUGGUGAUGUGUGAUGCAUACACACCAGCUGGUGAGCCCAUUCCAACAAACAAGAGACACAAUGCUGCCAAGAUCUUUAGCCACCCUGAUGUUGCCAAAGAGGAGCCAUGGUAUGGGAUUGAGCAAGAGUAUACUCUCCUGCAAAAGAAUGUUAACUGGCCGCUUGGAUGGCCUCUCGGAGGUUUCCCUGGACCACAGGGACCAUACUACUGUGGGAUUGGGGCAGACAAAGCUUUUGGGCGUGACAUUGUAGAUGCCCACUACAAGGCAUGCCUUUAUGCUGGGAUCAACAUAAGUGGUGUUAAUGGAGAAGUCAUGCCUGGACAGUGGGAAUUCCAAGUUGGCCCAUCAGUUGGCAUUUCAGCUGGUGAUGAGGUGUGGGUAGCUAGGUACAUUCUUGAGAGGAUUGCUGAGAUAUCUGGAGUGGUUGUCUCAUUUGACCCCAAACCAAUUCCUGGCGAUUGGAAUGGUGCCGGUGCUCACACAAACUACAGCACAUUGUCGAUGAGGAACGAGGGUGGAAUUGAUGUGAUUAAGAAGGCGAUUGAGAAGCUGAAGCUGAGGCACAAGGAGCACAUUGCUGCAUAUGGUGAGGGCAAUGAACGACGUCUCACCGGAAAGCACGAGACUGCUAGCAUUCACACCUUCUCAUGGGGUGUGGCGAACCGCGGGGCGUCGGUUCGCGUGGGACGGGACACGGAGAAAGAUGGGAAAGGGUACUUUGAGGACAGGAGGCCGGCGUCCAACAUGGACCCCUACACGGUGACCUCCAUGAUUGCCGAGACCACUAUUCUGCUCAAAGAAUAAGUGGGUGGUCGGGAAGGUCGGGCGCGUGUCUAUGUUUCCGGGGUUGUGGGUUUUGUUGGGAAACCAAAACCAUUGUUGUAUUCUUCUUCUUCAUGUGCCCUUUUUUUCUAGCUUGUUUGUUGUUUCUUGGGUUUUUAGUAGGACGGGCGUCGUCGUGAUCGAUCAAAUGAUGUUUUAUGGUUUGCUUUUCUUUUAAAAAAACAAAGAUCUAGUUGUUUUAGUGUCGUGUGGCAAUAUUUUUUGUCAUGGAAUAACAAUGAAGUGAAUAAUAUUAUUAGUUGGUG